AUGCAGCUGAUGCGAAACGCCGGAAUAUCCGUGCCAGAGCACUCGUUAGUGCGUUCCAUAAGCGAAGUAGAAGAGGCUGUGCGGCGCAUCGGCGGCAGCGAUUUCAUUUUAAAAGCGCAGGUCGCGACGGGUGGUCGACGACUUGGCCAGUUUGAGAACGGACUGAAGGGUGGCAUCCAGUCGGUGACUAGCGCUGUUGAAGCGCGCGACAUUGCAAGUAAAAUGCUGGGCCAGAAGUUGGUGACUCGUCAGACUGGAAGCGCCGGUAUUGUAUGCAACGAGCUUCUACUGUGUAAGAGGCUGUACCUCCGACGGGAGGCCUAUUUCAGCAUAACGCUGGACAGGGCGUUCGGAGGGCCAGUGAUGAUCGCGUGCAAGAACGGUGGCGUCGACAUCGAAACGGUAGCCGCUGAGGAUCCGCAGUCCAUCGUCAAAAUUCCGGUAAACAUCAAGGAAGGCGUGAGCAACGAGCUGGCACUCGAAGUCGCUCGCGCAAUGGGAUUCAACGAAAACAGCAUCGGCCAGGCGGCCGACAUCGUCGUGAAGCUGUACAACCUGUUCAUCAAGUCCGACUGCACACUACUCGAGAUCAACCCGAUGGCGGAGGAUUCAAACUCGCAUGUGUACUGCGUUGAUUGCAAGAUGAUCUUGGAUGAUUCGGCGUCGUUUCGUCAGCGGGAGCUGUUCAAGCUGGCUUCAACGAUCGGCAUCUCGGAUAAGGAGCGGCGCGCUGUCGAAAAUCACCUAAACUUCAUUCCGCUGAAAGGCAACAUCGGAUGUCUAGUUAACGGUGCCGGUCUGGCGAUGGCUACGAUGGACAUUAUCAAGCUACACGGCGGCGAACCGGCCGACUUCCUGGAUGUCGGAGGAGGUGCUACGAUCGAAAACGUGACCGAGGCGUUUCGUAUCAUUACUGACGACCCGAACGUACGAGCAGUGUUGGUGAACAUUUUCGGUGGCAUUCUGAGAUGCGACGUCAUCGCAGCCGGAAUAGUGCAGGCGGCGAAAGAGCUGAAGUUGAAAGUGCCGGUUGUGUGUCGUCUUCAGGGAACGAACGUGGAUGACGCGAAAGCGUUGAUCGCCAACAACAACCUGAAGCUCUUAGCGGUGGACAACUUGGACGAAGCGGCUAGAAUGGUAAGUGCCGUAAAAGUCUUGUCAUCGUCGUUUUGGGCGCGAUACGUUUAA